AUGCCGACCGAAGUUCAAGACUUGACGCACUUCCGGGGCUUGCUCAGCCAGGCCGGCGCCUCCAAGCUCGUCGUCUGCGAUUUUUACGCCGACUGGUGCGGGCCCUGCAGAAUGAUAGCGCCCUUUUUCGAGCAGCUGUCGAAUCACUUUACGAAUGCUCUGUUCUGCAAGAUAAACGUCGAUCGAGCUAGAGAUGUCAUGCAAACGUAUCAGGUCCGUGCGAUGCCGACGUUUGUAUUUUUCAAGAACGGCGCGGAGGUUGAUCGGCUACAGGGCGCAAACCCAAACAGUCUCCAAGAUACCAUCACUCGGCAUUAUUCUGAUGCUCCACGAAAUCCACUCGCCGCCUCGUCUGAAGAAAUUGCCUUUUUGAAGCAAUAUGAAAAUACUUCAAAGAGAAUGGACUUUUACAAAGAUCCAAUCAACAGGACAUUGGCGUUGAGUCUGAUUCCCACUGAAAGACUUGCAAACGAGGCGAUGGUCGAUGGCAAAGUAAAUCGCUUCUUGCUGCUGAAAAACCUGACAGAAUGGUUCAAAGGGGAGUUUUUUACAUGGACCGACACGCCAACGUGUCAUUGUGGCGAGAAAACGUCGAGGGAAUCGUAUACAAACGGCACGCCUAGCGAUGAUGAUUUAAGCGGAGGUGCUAAUCGGGUGGAAGUGUACACGUGCAAAUGUGGACAGGCUGUCCGUUUUCCUCGUUAUAACGAUCCUGUGAGGUUGCUUGAGACGAGAACUGGACGCUGUGGAGAAUGGGCAAAUUGCUUUACUCUCUGCGCGGCUUCUAUGGAUUUCGAUAUCAGAUAUGUUCACGACGUGACGGACCACGUGUGGUGUGAGGUGUGGAUUCCCGAGCUUGAACGCUGGGUCCACGUUGACCCGUGCGAAAAUUUGGUGGACGCUCCGCUAGUCUACGAAAUUGGCUGGAAGAAGAAGCUCUCUUACGUAAUUGCGUUUGGGCUUGAUCACGCUUGCGACGUCACAUGGCGCUACGUGCUUGAUGAUCGGAAGGCGGUUCGGUUGCGGAGAUCUGUCCGCGAGGAGGUGUUGCUCAAUUUUUUGACGAAAUUGACGAACCGGAUGUUAAAAGACAGCACAGCGGAGAGAAAGGAGGAGGUGAAGAAGCGGCGACUCAUCGAGCUGGCAGAAAUGUUGCAUAUUAAGCCGAGAAAAGCUUCCGAUUUUGUGGACUACAGUGGCCGAAUUUCCGGAGAUGAACAGUGGCGGAAAGACCGUGGCGAGACCGGAACUUGUUCAACCACCGGCAGCCCGAAGCGGAAACAGAUCGUCAUCCGGCCAAAUGACCAGGAAUUAGCUGCUAAGAAAUUCAGCCUUGAAUACAAUGUCGUAAGGGAUGUCUACACGAGAGGCGACACGGUCAGCAAAGGAUUUCACUCGCUUGUUUUUAAAGCAAAAGACGUCCAGCUGAAGAAAGAGCUCGACUGGAAAAUGGCCUAUCUUUGCCGAAAGGAGGGAAAGGAUGAGGCCGAGAUUACAUGGGCUAUCGAUCUGACGGGGCUAACUUCUAAAAAGGCCACGCUGAAAAUCGACGGCAUCAAAACAUACGAAAAUGGCCGUCUGAACGUGACAGUUUGUGCUGACGACAUUUGCAUGCGGGUACCGCCUUCUGGUGAAUUUUCCAUCGACAACCCGCCGAGUGCCGUGUUGAAUAUCAAGGCUCAUUUCAUCGGUGGACAAGGCUCGAACGCUUUUCAACAUGCUCAACUCUUCCGCACCUCCUUCGACUCCCAAUCCCCACAGAUGACCAUCGAAAUCGAAUUUUCC